AUGAUUCAUUCACUUCAAUUGCUCAUCAUCUACUCUUGCUUUCUGAACACUGUCUUUGCGCAGAUCUCAUCCACAUGCAACAGGAGUACGGUAGUCGUUACACUUAAAGAAUAGAAUACAAAGGGAGGCUCAGGACUGUGUCACGACGUUCUCGUUCGAUGAAACCAGGUGUUCCAUCCGUGUUCAUGAAGCCUCCGCGAUCAGUUCCACGGCUCCGAUGCAGAAAAUCUUCAAAAAGAUGACCCAGGAGAGCAUCAGAACUCCUCAGUGUUACAUUCAACCCGUUUUCGACAACUCCUCCCUGGUAUCAUGUUUUUGCGAUAAAAGCUUCCAUGCUUCAUGUUAUGACUAUCGCGCGAUGGCCGAAUCGGUUUAUCAGUGGAAAAGGGAUCGGAGGAGUCGAGUGGGCGGGAGCACGGAUCACAAAAUGUCCAAGAACAUUCUGAAAGUUGGCUGUCUUCUGAAGGGAUUCUCAAAACUUCGGGAAGGUUCAGAAGCCGAUCAGGGCAUAAAGAAAACGUGAAAUUACAGGGAAACAGGCAAAAGCCUACGUCUAUGAACUGGAUGGACAAACGUGUGUGGGCCGCCUGAAAAGCACUCGGAUUUCAUCUGAAGACAAAACUGUCAACGUGGAAUGCACUUCUCCGACCAAACUUUACUCGACCGUUUUCUGCCGGAAAGACGAUUGCUUUCAAAGUGACAUCCAAAAAGAAAACGAUUUGUUGAUCUCAUGGAAAGCGUUUGUGAGUGACGUCGUGUAAGAAGGCGUCGAACUAAGAAUUUCAAAUGUUUCAGUUGUCAUUUCAAGACGCCGUUGACCAGAGAAACGUUUCGGACAUCACUCACAAAUCCUGCAGCUCGAUCCAAAUGACGUGAUCAUCAGAUGUGCCUGGCCAAAGAAUUACGCUCUCUUUUUCAGUGCUGCCAUGUGUUCGCUCAAAUCCUUCCGCGAAAACGUCGAAAAUACAGUCGCCUUCACUGCGUCGUACGGUUUGCCAAUCGACAAAAUGGGCAGAGAACGGCUGUCGUGGAGUGUGAAAGACCGCACCGCCGAUGCUCCUCCGUCUCAGAAUCACAUUUAUUCCUGGCUAAUCGUGUCUCUUUACAUCAUUCCGUUUCUCUUAAUCUUUCUGAUGUCGACGUGCUCUUGUGGUAAGUGUGAAGUAGUAUCUCCGACUCCCUUUUCUAAAAAAUUUCACAUUCAGGAGACAUUUAUCGUUGCGAUCUGAUCACAAACAGCACCCAGCAACUGAAGGACAUCGAGUUGAUGUUAACUGAAAACCUAGGAAAGAAACCGGAGGCCGAGAGGAAAGCGUUGACGGUGACGAAGGAAAAGAGCGAAAUCAUUCAUCAGAAUGUGACGACAAUUUCAACGAUGGGAAAUCUGACGGAUCUGGGAUCGGAGGGACCCGUGGCCACUUCAUUAAGUACGGGAAAAAGGGAAGAAUGAAAGGGGGGAAAAAGUUUUGAAUUUAGGAACGGUGAAAGGGAAUGCGGAAGAUGGGAAGGAUGUGACCAGAGAUGAUACCAUUCUAGCAUGA